ACUUGUGCCAAGUGAACUUUCUCGCCCAUAGAGUCAACAACGCUUGUGUAUUCAGCGUCUUCCUGGACUUGCUGCAGCGACCUUGCACAAGCCGGGCUUCCCCUGGAAGGAGAGAGAGCUCCGUGGCGUAGCUCUAGGCUGGAAGAAUGGCAGCACUGAACCCACACAGUGUCCUGGUGACCGGCUCCAACCGUGGCCUUGGCUUAGAGCUGGUCAAGCAACUGGCGGAGGGAAAGAACCCCCCGAGAAAGAUCUUUGCCACCUGCCGAGACCCCGAGGGAACCCGUGCUCAGGACUUGAGGAAUUUGGCUCGCGAACACAAGCAAAUAGAGAUUAUCCCGCUGGUCGUUUCUGAUCCAGCCAGCAUCAAGGCAGUGGUCACCAGAGUCACGGAGCAGCUGGGAGGAUCCGGGCUGAAUUUGCUGAUCAAUAAUGCUGCGAUCGCAAAGGCCAACACGAUGGAGUCGGAGACGCGGGAGGAUAUGAUGGAGGUGUAUGACACUAACGUGGUUGGGCCCAUGAUGGUCAGCCAGGCAUUCAUGCCCUUGAUCAAGAAGGCUGCUCAGGAAAGCCCCCAGAAAGGGAUGAGCUGCAGCAAAGCGGCCAUUGUCAACAUGUCCAGCGAAGGCGGCUCCAUCACCAACGUUUUCGUGUUCCAUCUUGGGCAGGUAGUCUCUUACCGGUGCAGCAAGGCUGCCCUGAACAUGCUCACAAAGUGCCAGUCCCUGAGAUAUGCGGAAGACCAGAUCCUGUGUGUCGCGAUGCAUCCCGGAUGGGUGCAGACGGACAUGGGAGGCACCUUGGCCACACUGAAAAAAGACCAGAGUGUGCAAGACAUCCUGAACACCCUUUCCAAACUUUCUGAGAAAGACACUGGCACCUUUGUGAAUUGGGAGGGAAAAAGUGUUCCCUGGUGAAACUGGAGGAAGAGCAAUACAAACAAUGCAGACAGCAACCUUUCAUCCAAUAUAUUCUACACUGCUGAAUAUCUGUCUUCUUUCUAACUGCCCCAUAUGCUUAAUUUGGGCAGCCAUAGAUUAUCUAAUUCCUUUGUCAUUUUCUUUAAUAGGUGGUGGUUAGGUGGUAGCCACACACUAAUGAUAUACUGUAUAUACUCGAGUAUAAGGCAACCCAAAUAUAAGCCGAUGCACUUAAUUUUACCACGAAAAACUGGGAAAACGUAUUGACUCAAGUACAAGCCAAGGGUGGGAAAUUCAACAGCUGUAGAUACUAAUAAAAUUACAUUAAUUGAGGCA